AGGAUUUUUGUCCACCGCAGCCUGGCGCUGGGGAAGAUCCAGUACCUCCGCCUCGUCAUGGACUGCGCCCUGGCUGCCGACCAGUCCCCCGCCUACGAGGCGCUGGCCUUUGAGCUGCUGGAGCGCCUGGUUUGCACUGGGUACCCACAUGGUCUGCGCUACUCCUGCGACCCCUCCUUCCCCACCAGGGGACUGGUGUUUGAGGCACUCUAUGGGAAGCUGCUGAAGGUGCAUGGCCAUGGGGACAUGCUGGUGGCUCCCCAUGGCUUCACCUUCCUCUCAGAGAAAGGGACGGGGUGGGGGGAGCGUUGGCUGCACCCAGGCCCCUCCUCCCCAGAGGUCUAAGCUUUGACCCCAGCAAAGUUCAUACAAAGGGAUGACCGUCAGCGCUACGUCCACAACGCGCUCUUCAACCUGCCCGAAACCUGCCUGCUGGUGGACGAUUUCGCUGGCUGCUCCCGAUACACCAACUGUGACACUGGCUAUCAGCAUGGGAACCUCUUCGUGUCCUUCCGAAGCCUCUUCCAGGAUGUGACUGAAGCUAUGAAUAAUGUCCACCAGUCGGGCUGUCUCAAAGAGAGGACCCUGGACAACCUGCAGAAAUACGUGGAGCAGGACGUGCGGAUCCCUGUCCUGCUCGGCAAGAUAAAGGAGGCUGGGAGGGUGUUGGCCACCAACGGCAGCUACCAGUACACGGAUGCCAUCACGACUUACCUGUUUGCUGCUGGUGAGGCUGAGGACCCAGCCAGGCCCUGGAGGUCCUACUUCGACCAGAUUGUGGUGGACACACAGAAGCCCUGCUUCUUUGCAGAGGGGAUGGUCCGGAGGCAGGUCAACACGAUAAUGGCAGGGGCUGAGGACUCGGGGAAGCUCCGCGUGGGCACUUACACUGGCCCCCAGCACUGUGCUGCCCACUCUGGAGGCUCGUGAGACACGGUGUGCGAGCUACUUGGGGUGCGGGGGAAGGACAUCCUGUACAUUGGGGACCACAUCUCUGGGGACAUCGUCAAAUCCAAGAAGCAGCAGGGCUGGCAGACUUGCCUGGUGGUUCCUGAGCUGUCCCGAGAACUGGGCAUCUGGGCCCGAGAGAAGGAGAGGUCAGAGCAGCUGAAGAGCCUGGACACACACCUGCUGAUCGGUACCAGUAAGAGCCCUGGCCUCUCUGGGGGUGCGGGAGGCUGGGAGGACAGGGGUGGAGAGCUAGGAUCCCAUGCCCAGGCCUGGCAGCAUAUGUAUGGAAGCAUCUGUGGGCUGCAAAACAUCUACUCCAUCAAGAAGGAGAUUCAAAUGCCUCAUGAGACCAUCAUGGAGCAAGAACAGGCCAGUCUGGCCCCGGCCUUCUGCUUGCUCUCCUGUAGGCAGAGGCCCGGUCCAGACGGCCAGUUCGCGGUGCCGGCGUCUGGAAACGCGGAGGAGCCCUGA